CUCCCGGCUCCCGCUGCGCGCCGGCCGCCGCGCGUGAUCGCCCCGCCGCCGCCGGCGUCCACCCCGCGCCCGGCCCGCCUCCGGGGCCCGCGGCCGCGGCCGAGCGAUGCUGCUGCUGGCGGCCGCCUUCCUCGUGGCCUUCGUGCUGCUGCUCUACAUGGUGUCUCCGCUCAUCAGCCCCAAGCCGCUCGCCCUGCCCGGGGCGCAUGUGGUGGUUACGGGAGGUUCCAGUGGCAUUGGGAAGUGCAUUGCUAUCGAGUGCUAUAAACAAGGCGCAUUUAUAACUCUCGUUGCCCGGAAUGAGGACAAGUUGCUGCAGGCAAAGAAAGAAAUUGAAAAGCAUUCUAUAAAUGACAAACAGGUUGUCCUUUGUAUAUCAGUUGAUGUAUCUCAAGAUUAUAACCAAGUAGAGAAUGUCAUAAAACAAGCACAGGAGAAGCUGGGACCAGUGGACAUGCUGGUCAACUGUGCAGGAAUGUCCGUGGCAGGGAAGUUUGAAGAUCUCGAAGUUAGCACUUUUGAAAGACUGAUGAACCUGAAUUACCUGGGCAGUGUGUACCCCAGCCGAGCCGUCAUCACCACCAUGAAGGAGCGCCGGGUGGGCAGGAUCGUGUUUGUGUCUUCCCAGGCCGGGCAGUUGGGGCUGUUCGGCUUCACGGCCUACUCCUCGUCCAAGUUUGCUCUGCGGGGCUUGGCUGAAGCUUUGCAGAUGGAGGUGAAGCCCUACAACGUCUACGUCACGGUCGCCUACCCGCCCGACACAGACACCCCCGGGUUUGCUGAGGAAAACAAAACGAAGCCUUUGGAAACUCGACUUAUUUCAGAGACCACAUCUAUUUGCAAACCAGAACAGGUUGCCAAACAAAUUGUCAAAGAUGCCAUACAAGGGAACUUUAAUAGUUCGGUUGGCUCUGACGGGUACAUGCUCUCGUCCCUCACCUGUGGGAUGGCUCCAGUGACUUCCAUUACUGAAGGGCUCCAGCAGGUGGUCACCAUGGGCCUUUUCCGCACGAUUGCUUUGUUUUAUCUCGGGAGUUUUGACAGCAUAAUCCGCCGCUGCAUGAUGCAGAAAGCAAGAUCUGAAACUGCAGACAAAACUGCCUAAUCCAUACCCCUUGGAAGAAGACUUGUUUCCAAGUAAUUCCAACAGCUUGCUGCUAAAUGGGACCCAAGGUUUGGCCUGAAGACACUUCCAUGUUGUUUUUGAAUGUGUGAGAUUGGACCACUGGUCUUCAGAAACCUGGCUGAAAGUGAGGGGGUCGAAGGCCAGCUCCAGAGAGUGUCGUGAACACUAUGCAAACCUGGCAUGGGAGACCAUCGGACUGUCUGGGCUCCAGGCUGGACAGGUGGUGCUGGGAGAACCAGCAGCAGGUGAACAGGGUAAAGUACAGGAUUUCAGAAUGAUCAUUUAAAUGUUUUGUAUUUAUUCCGCUUCUGCCCCCAACCAUACCCCAGAGAGAGACCAGGUCCAGAAAUAUACUUAAUGGCACAAAGAAAUCUUGAGGACUUUUUUAAACCUUCCAUGAAGGCAGAGUAUGGAUUACUGGGGUUUUGCUUUUUUUUCCACCUGUUUUUCACUUGGUCUGUUUUGUUGGAAAAGAGUUUUACACAUCACUUAUGAGUGAACGCGGCUGACACCUAGGUGUUGUACUUGGGACUCACUCUGCUGCAGCUGAUGGAAACUCGGGGCUUCUCUCUCUCUUUGAUCCCACUAAGCUCCCGGGGGAUGAGAGAGGGCACUGCGGUGAAAGGUAAGGAGAUUAAUAUUUUCCAGUAGGGAAAACAGUGCUUUCUUGUCUUCUUUAGACUCAGAUGUUUGGGAACUUUUCAUUUUUCAUUCGUGGGGAAAGGCAGCCUCCUUAAAUGUUUCUGAAGAGAAAUAAAAAUCUUAGAAGCUUAAAAGUUUACAACUUCUUCAGUAGCCAUGCUGAUCUGAAGUCCACUCAUUCUAUUUUAGCAUCUUCUUAUUCCUCCCAUCUCUUCCUUCCCAAUUCUGCUUAUCUGGCUGUUAAGAUUUUUGUAAGGGAAAAAAAAAGAAGAAAAGAAAAAAAGAAGGCCAGCUACAACUUUUUGACUUGACUUUUUAAAUUAAUUCUUGAAUUAAUUAAAACAAGUGAAAACAUGACAAAGUGUGACAUUCUUCUUGUAGCCAAUCUGUAGCUUUCAGAGAAGACUCUUGAUGGUUCAUGUAAAUUGUACUCAUUAGGGAAAGAAGACAAGGCUGGUUUUGAAUAUACUCGUUUUGGAAAUCAGAUGAUCACCUGUUCUUUCUGCGACUCGGCCCCCAACUCUGAGGGCAUGACCUUCGGGCCACAUGUCCAGGAAGCCACUCUUUACUCUCACAAUAGGACGUGUCUUCAAAAAGUUCAUGGAAAAUACGUAUUGGGAAUAAACAAUGUGUGGAUUUCAAAAGCGUUUGCACCAAAAUAAACAGCUUUUAAUUCCACUUUUUUCCACGAACUUUGUGAAGUCCUCUCAUCUAGCCCUGGAAAUCCUCUCGGCUCCAUGAAUGUUCCCAGGUACAGGGACCUCUUGUCCAUAUAGGGGAUUUCUACAGCAAGUGCCUGAGAUAGGUUUUAGCCAAAUUCCCUGCUCCUCCAGUUACGCGUAUGCACACCUCUGACUUAAGAAAGUUACCUCUCUGUGUGUGACCCCUCCUUCUCACCCACACAGCAGUGCAUUCUGGUUCACUUCGGCGAGAAAAAGACCUCUGCUUUUGAAGAAGAAACUUUUUUAUUGUAAAAUAAAUAAAUAAAUGCUCAAUAGAAGAUGGAAACCUGAAAAUGAUAGCAAGCCUUUUAUAAACUUGAGUUUUUGAAGCUUUUGAAUUUAAAAAGACUUAAUUUUUAGAUAGUAAAAUGUUUAAUGGCUUAAAUCCAUGUUAUCUUUUUAUCAAGAUCUGAGAAGGACAUAUUUUAAAUACUGGUAAAUACAGAAGAAAUUAUUACUUAAUAUAUAAAUUGCCCGGAAUGACUUCAUCACAGUUUACGGGAGUAGGUUGAUGCCAAAAUGGUUUUAUAAACCUCUCAGCCUUAUUUAGCCAAAGUUUGUGACUGCUGGGCCACAAAAAUGGAAAUAUGGCUCUACCUUUGUAGUUUGCAGAAAAUAAUUACAUUAAUAUCUUUUUUUUAAAGUAAAUGUUCCUUGAAUGUUGACACCUUCUACUACUGGUCUGUACAUAUUGAGGUCUAUCCAUGAUGGUUUCUGAUUCAAUGAAAUUAAUAUUCAGCAAUUUUUCAAUAUACAUUUUUUCCAGGUAUCCUCAGAGAGAGUGUCUGUGGGCAGUCUGCUGCUUGGAUGAAUUUUAGAGCCCCUGUUCUGUGGUAGGAGGUACAGUCCCUAGCCUGGGUUAGGCUCAGGCUGAGAGAUUUUGUAGAGGUCAUAAUGUCUUGGAAACAGCUUCUGUGUCAGAGAGGUUAAAGGUCCACAGUCCCUUGUCCCAAAAGCCUUCAAAACUAAGUGUGCUUUUCUGAAGUUGAUGCCGUAAUUGAAUUGGGAGCAGCUGCUGGGAUCACUGUGGUCAUCAUUAUGCCACUUCACGGGACUGCUUGCUACUUCACCUGGGUUCGUUCCAAGCACUGCCCCAGACUCUCUGAAGGUAUUCUGUAAUACCCAAUAUGCUUCCUAAGACCUCGUUAAAAUCCAACCAGCUAUGAAUUCUGAUACGCAUCUGGCCCAAAAGGUCUGGAAUAGGGGAUUUGUAGACUUUUAAACUGCCUCACACAAUGGUCCAACUUUAUCCAAUACAUGAAAAUACUAGAAGGAAAAUUUUCCUUUUUUAUCUUUUUUGGCUCAGUUCUUAUGCAACUUGUUUCUCUGCUCAGGGGAAGAGAGCAAACAAGCAAAAUUCCCAAGUCCGAUGGCUAGGGAGACGAUCCACUUUGUCCUAGGGAUCACACUGAUUGGGCACCAUCUACUUCCACCCAGAGGCGGAGAAUCUUGCCCACGCCAGGAGAACGUUAAUUACAGUUCCCUUGCAACAUGAGAGAACUGCGUGAAGCUCAGUUCUGAAGUGCCUCCUCUGCUGGGUUUGGCUGCACUAUUUCACUGUAAUGCUUAUUUGUAAGGAUAUUCAUUUAAAUAACAUUCAGCCACGGAAAUUCCAAAGUGUGUUCUAGGACCCUUCAUAAUUGAAAAGGGUAUAGAAAGCAAUCCUCGUUCCUUUUUACAAAAACAAAAUCAUGAAAUUGUCCUUUCCUUUAUAUAUUUUAACUUAAUCACUUGCAUAGUUGAAAAGAAAGUUUGAUGCUGUUAUGCUCUCUUUACAUUAAUACUUACAUAUAUUUAGCUAUAAAUCUUUAUCUAGAUCUGUUCAACCAUCUAUUAUAGAGUCUUACAACUGAAACCUUGAGGGACUAUUUCUGAUAUUUAGAUGAUAAAAGCAUUUUGGUAAAAGUUGUUUCAAUUCCAAGAAUUGUAUGUUUGUCUCUUUCCAAAAGAAGGCAAUAUCAUAGAUAUCUUUUGCUGAAUUAUAUCACCAUUUAGUACUAUUACAUCAUGUUCCAAUUUAAGCACACCUCACCCGAGAUCACUUUUAAAUAUUGGUACUUUUUGACAUAAGAUGCUUUGUAUCUUUCUCAUUUCCUCUAGUUCUAACAACGCAGCUUUAAAAAGUACUUGCUAACUCGGACCUUCGGGAUUCUGGAGUAAAUCUUGCUGUUCAGAUUACAGUUCAGUGCGAUGACUGUGGGUUUGAUAUUUGGAAGAAGCGAUGGUAGCAAUUAUAUUUUACAUUGGCUUGAUGUGAAAACUGUAAAGACAUUUUUAAAUUGAUAAAAGUGCACCUGGCUAUUUUGAUACAUUUUAGAACUUGUGUUUGCUACUUGAGACGCUUUUGUGGCAGAAUUGUAACCUAAUUUUCAUAUCUUGUAUUUCUGAAUCACAACAAAAAUAAAUGGGGAACAAGCUUUA